AUGGAUUCGGAACAAAACAUCAGCGAGGAUGCUAGGAGCAAGGGAAAGCUCGGAUUGAUAUUGGUUGGCGUAUCAGGAGCACUCGUUGCUGGUCUUUAUGCUAUCGCAACCCCAUUUGUGUUGCCGGCUUUACGGAAAGUCUGUCUUCCGUACGUACCGGCCACUACAAAACAAAUAGAAAACGUAAUGAAAGCUAUUCGAGGUAGAAAAGGAAAUCUCAUUGAUAUUGGAAGUGGUGAUGGUAGAAUUGUGUUGGCUGCAGCACAGAACGGAUUCAAAUCGGUUGGCGUCGAGUUAAAUCCCUGGUUAGUAUGGUAUUCCAGAAUAAUGGCAAGAAAUCUAAAACUGUCAAAACAAGCUCAGUUUUACCGUCAAGACUUGUGGAAAAUGAACACUUCAGAGUUUGAUAAUGUUGUUAUUUUUGGAGUUUCACAGAUGAUGUCUGAUUUAGAGGAUAAGUUAUCCAAAGAACUCCAUCCACAUAGCAGGAUAGUUGCUUGUCGGUUUCCAUUUCCAACAUGGAAUGCAGUGGAUAUCAUUGGAGAAGGCGUUGACACUGUAUGGAUCUAUGAUUAUAAAUGUGACCAGCACAGAAAGUAGUUGACACCAGCUGGUUGUAUUUCGGAAAUAGAUAGAUCCAAAAUUGUGACCUGUCAAUAGCUCUGCGCUGGAACCAAAUUCCUUGGCUGCACUAAAAUUACCUAGAAGUCAGUUUGUUGUGGAGAAACAUUUUGUCCGAAAUUCGUGGCAUUUAACUGCAGGAUGCACUGGUUGGCAAGAAUCCGAGAUGAUCAAAUCUGAAUGAAGUUUGUUGUUGUUUAAAGUGCCUGUGCAAUGCCCACCCACACGCUUCCCAUUUUAGAUCUGUGCCCCACUGAAAUGGGCAAUUAUUGAUUUUUUUGCUGAAAAUGAUUACUCGUAUCCAAGUAAAUUUAAGAUAUUUCCCGUGAUGUA